AAAAAAGAAAAGCGGAUGGCACCUGUCGCGUUGUCUCGUUCACCGUUCCGACACGCAGAUCGUCCGAAGGAUGGUAAGGACGGGACCGUGAGCGUAAAGUCCACCCUCAUGCUGGAGGACCAAUGAUUUUGACUUUCGCCGACGGAUGACACAUGGCGGCAAUUCCCCAAAAAUGGUCUUUGUUCUGUGUCUCGACGCUGAUGCUGCUGGUGCAACGCUGCACAGGUAAGACCCCGGCUUGCGUGAGCUGGUCCACCGCAGGGCCCGUGGUGCAGCUCGGCUCCAGCUUUGAGGUUUACUGCACCUUUAACUGUAAAUGCGAGCGCUCCAUGUACAGCGACCACCCGCCUGCCCUGCAGGACCACACGGCGGUCAACUCUAGCACCACGUACAUCCGCGUGGGGAACAUCACCAAGAACCGGACCUUCAGCUGCCAGUGCCGAUGCCGCGCCCUGUCCCUGGACCCGUGCGGACUCGACAUCUGGGCUGGAUACCCACCAGAGAGGCCACGGAACAUUCGGUGCCAUUACAAGGUGGAAACCGACCGGGCUGGUGAGGUGCUUUGUUCCUGGGAAAGAGGCCGGAAAACACACCUGAAGGACACUACAGAGUUCUGGGUCACCAAGGUAUCAGGAGAUCUCCCCGACCCGUGGCCCCCAUUCAAGAUCCCUAUCAGAGGAGCUGAUCCCCCAUCGGCCCUGUUUCACAUGCCCGCCGAAGUCCACUUCAUCUCGGUGCGGGUCUGCACCCACAAUGCACUGGGGUCGGCUACGUCGCCACCCGCUAACUACACGCUCAGUAGCAUCGUGAUUCCCUCCGCUCCGGUCCUCGGGGGGGCCCAGUGCUCCUCCAGGGGGUGUGCCAUCAGGGUUCAACAACCAGUGAGGACGCAACACCUGGAGAUCCAGUACACUACAGAACCGGGACUCUGGACCACCUAUCCAGACUCACCGCUGCUCCACCAGGACGUGCCAGUGGCUUUGGACCAAUUGCUGUCCAUCUGGCCUCUGGAGCCUUACCGGUUCUACCACUUCAGAGCCAGGUCCAAAUUCAGCACAGGCCUGUGGAGCGACUGGAGCGACGUCACCAGCGGUUGGACCCAGGAGGAAGCACCGGACAAAGAACUCGACGUGUGGUACACGCCGCCUUCCUCCGACUUCAAGUCCAUCAGGCUGUACUGGAAGCCGAUGAACGUCGCCCAUGCCAGGGGUAAAAUUGUGCGGUACUUGGUUGCGGUGCACAGCGCCGAGUCUCGACUGGUACACGCGGCCAACGUCAGCGCAAAUGCCACCGGCGCUUCCGUUGGGUUUUGCGCCAGGUGUCGCGCGACUGUGAGCGCGCUCAACUCCAAAGGAAUUUCCCCGGCGGCCAACAUUAACCCCUAUCACACCAAAGCGUUGGCCCAGCUGCCUGUACACAUGAAGGCAGAUGAAAACGGCGUCGCCCUCUGGUGGGGACGAGCGGAAAGGGCGGCGCCCCCCACGGCCCACAUCGUGGAGUGGUACCCGGAGGGGCUCAAGCUGCAGGAGCUGCACUGGCUCAGACUGAACGGAGAAGCUCGUCAAGCUGUCAUCCAAGGUUUGAACGCGUCCGAGUGCUACGAAAUCGCAGUUCACGUUCUCCACAGCGACGACUCGAUGACCACCAGAAGCUUUCGACUCCUCAACACCAGCAAAUCAGUCCCCAAAGUCGGUCCGUCGAUUCAACAGGAAGUGGACUCCGACAGAGUAGUCGUGACAUGGAGGGAUCUUCCCAGGGCUCAGCGUGGUGGAUGCAUCACUAAGUACACCAUCUACCUGGAAGACGCCAGAGGAAUUGUGCAGCAAUACUCGGUGCAAGCGACCAAGCGGAUGUUUUUCUUGGAGCACCUGGCUCCAGGUGUGCACAGCCUGUGGAUGACCGCUUGGACUUCUCAGGGAGAAAGUCCACCCGCUCAAAAAGUCAAGAUCUUCAUCCAAGCCGCUGAGGGCAUCCCGGUGUCGCUUCUGGUCUUCUGCUCGCUGCUCUCGGUAGCGGCGCCGCUGCUGCUCUGCGUGUGCCAAAUUGCGGCCGUGAAGAAGAGGGUGUGGCUGCUUUUCCGCCGCUUCAUGCUCCAAGUGGUUCCGGAUCCCGCCAACAGCAAAUGGGCGAAAGAAUCCACCCAGGGUGAAAUGAACCUGCAACAUCGGAUGAGCGAGGCCGUCCCGAUCGAGGAGGAGGAGGAGCCAAUCAUCAGCAUCAUCACGGACGUGGAGGAGCUGUCCAAUCACACCACGUACAUGAAGAGCGACUCCCACGACUCGGAGGAGAAUCAGGCCUCGUUGGACUCGAGUACUAUAAACGCGAACUACCUCUCAACUGGAUGCCAGGGGCGACGUCUGGCCAGCGAGGAGGAAGACCCGGACGAAGAGGGUGAGGACGAAGAGAUGCUAACGCCGGAUCGCAGCUUGUUCACUGAGCCCCUGGGAACGCAAAUCGUCGGGAAUUUGACACUGGACGCCGUCCGAUUCGACUGCGGUGGCCUCUUUGAGAACUGCUGAUCACACUACAAGGGCGAGCAAUUAGUUGACGAUUCAACGCCGGUAUUUUUUUGUAUCACCGUUAAAAUCUUUGUCGACUCUCAGUCGAGUCUUUUUGGCAUCUCGUCUUCCAUUCGGUGAAGUCACAGAGCACUUUCCAUUCGCCCAUCCGCUGGACGCCGAACUCCUUAACGCUGUGCGGACGAGCGAGACGUUCUGCCAACGAGGUGACGCGGUCUUCAAACAUCUAAGAUAGUAUCAGAGUACAAAAGCCAGCCCGACAUCUUCUCCUUUCCCUUCCAACUUGUCCUGCAUCUUCCUCUCUAAAACCCACAGUCUUCAUGUCCUCCCUCACAACAUCCAUCAACCUUUUUUUUGGUCUUCAUCGGAAGCGAGAGAGUGAGUAUAUUGGUAGGAGGACGGUAAGGAUGCAGCUACCAGGGAAAAGAGCCUCUCGCGCUUUUCCCUGGUAGCUCCGUCCUUACCUCACCUCUCUCUGGACAUGUCCAAGCCAUCGAAGUCUGCUCUCUCUCACCAAGUCUCCACAACAUCCAACUUUGCUUGUCCCUCUAAUGAGCUCAUUUCUAAUCCGAUCCAACCUGCGAGAACCUCAACAUCUUCAUUUCUGCCACCUCCAGUUCCGCUUCCUGUCUCUUCAGUGCAACCAUCUCUAAUCCGGACGUCAUGGCCGGCCUCGCCACUGUUUUACAGACUUUGCCCUUCAUCCUUGAGGAGACUCUUCUGUCACAUAGAACACCAGACACCUUUCGCCAGCUGUUCCAACCUGCUUGGACCCGUUUCUUCACUUCCUUACCACUCUCUCCAUUGCUCUGUAUUGUUGACCCCAAGUAUUUGAAGUCCUCCACCCUCGCCAUCUGUUCUCCCUGUAGCCUCACUUUUCCCCCUCCACCCCUCUCAUUCACGCACAUAUAUUCUGUUUUACUUCAGCUAAUCUUCCUUCCUCCCCUUUCCAGUGCAUGCCUCCAUUUUUCUAAUUGUUCCUCCACCUUCUUCCUGGUUUUACACCAGAUCAGAAUACCACACUAGCUUUGACUAUUCGAAUAGCCGCUUAUCAUGAUCUCCUUUUUGCUUGGGUAGGUUUUGUUUCCUGGUUUUGUGGUUUUAUUAGCUGUGUCGCCCUUCUCACAUUUUCCCUCACCCCUCGUGUUUUUUCAAAUUCCAUAUGUUUUGAGAUUCCUGGAUUCGUUCUUUGCAUCCUUGCUUCCCUGCACUUUCACCUCCUCUUAAAAGAUUCAUACCAACAGUACCUCAGGACCGGCGAUGAAGAACGAAUGCGAUUGCGCCAAGAACAUUUGUCUUAUAACGUUGACAACAACAGGGUGCUAAAGAGAACUUUACGCAUCAAAGUACGACGCAAUCGGCGUUGUGUAUUGAUGGAUUACAUGUAACAAUGUUCUGUAAUUUAAUCCCAAAAUUGACAUACCGUAUUUUCCGCACAAUAAGGCGCACCUAAGAGAUUUUAAUUUUCUCAAAAGCCGACAGUGCGCCUUAUAAUCCGGUGGAUGGAUCAAUAUUGACCUGGCAGCUACGGUAAGCAGCCUCUGACUCCAUUUUCCCCUAUAGAAGAAGUAGCGCGCGGUGCAUGCUGGGAUAUAUGACUGAGCGAAGUGUGCCGUUUCAUUUCCAUUUGUGUUUUUGUAUAAAGACCAACAAAAUGGCUCCUAUUAAGAGACACGCUUACGGCACUGAGUUUAAAUUUAAGGCAAUCAGUCACGCAGUAGAACACGGGAAUAGAGCAGCAGCGAGAGAAUUUCACAUUAACGUAUCAGUGGUGCAAACGUGGAGGAAGUAAAGAGGACUAAACAGAGUUUCUGAGGGACCACAGCAAGAUGGCUACCCCCAGCCUCUACUGUAGCAUCUAUUCUAUGCGCCUUAUAGUGCGGAAAAUACGGUAAUUGUAAUUGCAUCACAUGGAGAAAAUGCAAUGUACAAUUUUUAAUCCAUGAUUAAAAUCGCAUUUACGUUUGAAGAAUCCCAGCAAAAAAAGCUUGGAAUUUUCAAACAUUGGUUUCAGAUCAGCAUUCCACUUCUAAAGCUUAUGAUUGGCUCUCUGGUCACGCGCGAUUCUUAUGCUAGACCCCAUCGACGUUAAUGGUGCUGCAGUCAGAAGCAACAGUGUCGGAGGCGCGUAACAUGUUCCUGGGUUGCAAAUACACACACAAAAACAUUUGUCAAAUAUUUUUAGUAAAAUGCAAAGAGUUUCCAAGUAGUCACAGGUGCUGUCGACGACGGAACAGUCAAUGUCGAACCUGAGGACACAUCUCCGGGUACGUAGCCUGCAGCAUCUGUCUUUACAGUACAACUGAAGAGCCUCCAAAACUGCACAUUGCCAAGAGAAACUGGCAAAAGAUAUAUGUAUGUCCAAAGUAACGUAAUGUUUUAUUUUUAUCUACAAAAUGACCAUGCAGACAUAUACCGAGACAUGAGUGUAACAUGCAUAAAUAUCGGAUAUAUUCAUAUGCACAGUAUCAGACGUGUGACUCACUGCAGCGGCA